AGCCAGCAUGCACUGCCUGACAGCGAGACGACUGGUGCUCGGAGUUUGAAAUUAGUUUCUGCUCGGCAGCAGUCACUUGAGCAUUUUACAUUUACCUCCCUCAAUGGAAGGGUUAAAAAAAAAAAGACCUGCAGCAUAACAGUGAACUAAGCAAGAAGUGAACUUAGGGGAGAAUCUGAUGCAAACUUACAUACUGUUGGGACUCAGUGAUACAGAUCACCGAGAUGAAAUGUGAUGAUGAUCAGAAUCUGCAUCUUUGAGAGCGCAAACCAGUGUCUCUGAGCUUGAAACCUUAUUUUACAACAGCAAAGUGCUCUGAACUACUGUCUGCCUUGGUGCUGCCUUAUUUUUCUUUUCUUCCCAAACUGAAAAGCACAAGGAGGAUUUCAGAGGAAUGCAAAAAGGACUGUUUUAAAAGCAGGAAGCUGAAAGGGUUUCUCCAUAAGAUGAAUUUCACCCAGCAUCGUGGGACACUCCAGCCUCUCCAUUUCUGGAACCACAGCAACGGACUGCACAGGGGUGCCAGCGAGCCCAGUGCGAAGGGCCACUCCUCGGGAGGCUGCUAUGAACAACUCUUUGUAUCCCCUGAAGUGUUUGUGACUCUGGGCAUCAUCAGCUUGCUGGAAAACGUCUUGGUCAUUGUGGCAAUAGCCAAGAACAAGAACCUCCAUUCGCCCAUGUACUUCUUCAUCUGUAGCUUGGCAGUGGCUGACAUGCUAGUGAGUGUAUCUAAUGGAUCAGAAACUAUUGUCAUCACGCUUCUAAACAAUACAGAUACAGAUGCACAGAGCUUUACCAUAAACAUUGACAAUGUCAUUGACUCAGUGAUUUGCAGUUCCCUGCUUGCAUCAAUUUGCAGUCUCCUCUCAAUAGCAGUGGACAGGUAUUUUACUAUCUUUUAUGCCCUCCAGUACCAUAAUAUCAUGACGGUCAAGCGUGUAGGGGUCAUCAUCACAUGCAUCUGGGCUGCUUGCACUGUCUCAGGCAUUUUGUUCAUCAUUUACUCUGACAGCAGCGUUGUCAUCAUCUGCCUUAUCAGCAUGUUCUUCACCAUGCUCAUUCUCAUGGCAUCCCUUUAUGUUCACAUGUUCAUGAUGGCUCGAAUGCAUAUCAAGAAGAUAGCAGUUCUUCCAGGGACUGGCCCCAUUCGCCAAGGGGCCAACAUGAAAGGGGCCAUCACUCUCACUAUACUGAUUGGAGUUUUUGUUGUGUGCUGGGCCCCAUUUUUUCUGCACCUCAUUUUCUACAUCUCCUGCCCCUACAAUCCUUACUGUGUGUGCUUCAUGUCUCACUUUAACUUCUACCUCAUCCUCAUCAUGUGUAAUUCCAUCAUUGAUCCACUUAUCUAUGCAUUUCGGAGUCAGGAGCUCAGGAAAACAUUCAAAGAAAUUAUAUGCUGCUGUAACUUGAGAGGGCUUUGUGAUUUACCUGGCAAAUAUUAGACUGAAGUGGGUAUGUUACUGUGUAUUCAGCAUACAGCACGGUCUUCUGAGCCAUUAGAAUCCUUUUUCAUCAGAACUUGGGUUUAAGAGCAAACACUUCUUUCUCUUUCCCUUCCCUCCCAUCUUUGUAUCCCAUUUAUGUGUAAUUCAUAUUUCUGUGUAGUGUUUGUGAUGUCUACAGUUUGUAAUUUAUUUGGCUGGGAAGAGAAAAAAAGGAGCACUUCAUAGCAAUUUGUAAGUGAGUAAAUAAAUGUAAUGCUGAUUGUGAAAUACUAACAAAUACGAGCAGCUGUAUGUUCCAACUGCUGACAAAAUAAAAAACUUGCCUGAGUUACAGUGCA